GCCGGGCGGCCGGCGGGGAGGCUGCGCCCGCGCAGCCGCCGUCCAGCUCCGGCGGGCGCCGCGGGUCCCUGAGGCGGGGUGUGGGCGUCGGUGGCCGCGAUGACCCAGGCGGAGAAGGGGGACGCGGAGAACGGGAAGGAGAAGGGCGGGGAGAAGGAGAAGGAGCAACGCGGCGUGAAACGCCCCAUCGUGCCCGCGCUGGUGCCGGAGUCGCUGCAGGAGCAAAUCCAGAGCAACUUCAUUGUUGUCAUACAUCCAGGUUCAACAACCUUAAGGAUUGGCCGAGCCACAGAUACACUUCCUGCUAGCAUUCCUCAUGUCAUUGCACGAAGACACAAACAACAAGGGCAGCCACUAUACAAGGACAACUGGCUCCUAAGGGAAGGACUAAAUAAACCAGAAAGUAAUGAACAAAGACAAAAUGGCCUUAAAAUGGUGGAUCAAGCAAUAUGGUCUAAAAAGAUGUCAAAUGGUACAAGACGGAUUCCCGUGUCCCCUGAACAGGCACGUUCCUACAACAAGCAGAUGCGACCUGCAAUUUUAGAUCACUGUUCUGGAAAUAAAUGGACCAACACAUCUCAUCACCCUGAGUUUUUGGUUGGGGAAGAGGCCUUAUAUGUUAAUCCAUUGGACUGUUAUAAUAUUCAUUGGCCUAUCAGAAGAGGUCAGUUAAAUAUUCACCCAGGACCUGGGGGCUCUCUCACAGCUGUUCUGGCAGAUAUUGAAGUAAUAUGGUCUCAUGCAAUCCAGAAAUACUUAGAAAUUCCACUGAAAGAUUUAAAGUAUUAUAGAUGUAUCUUGUUAAUUCCUGAUAUCUAUAAUAAACAGCACGUGAAAGAAUUAGUGAAUAUGAUCCUAAUGAAGAUGGGUUUUUCAGGAAUUGUGGUCCAUCAGGAGUCUGUGUGUGCCACCUUUGGAAGUGGUUUAAGCAGCACAUGUAUUGUAGAUGUUGGAGACCAGAAGACAAGUGUGUGCUGUGUGGAGGAUGGGGUCUCUCAUCGCAAUACUCGGCUCUGUCUGGCCUAUGGGGGGUCUGACGUGUCAAGGUGUUUUUACUGGCUCAUGCAGCGAGCUGGAUUCCCUUACCGAGAAUGCCAACUAACAAAUAAAAUGGAUUGUCUUCUUCUGCAGCAUCUUAAAGAAACUUUCUGUCAUUUAGAUCAGGACAUCUCUGGGCUUCAGGAUCAUGAGUUUCAAAUUCGACAUCCAGAUUCCCCUGCCCUACUUUACCAGUUUCGAUUAGGAGAUGAAAAACUCCAGGCUCCAAUGGCUUUGUUUUACCCAGCAACUUUUGGAAUUGUUGGACAGAAAAUGACAACUUUGCAGCACAGAUCCCAGGGUGACCCUGAGGAUCCUCAUGAUGAGCAUUACCUGCUAGCCACACAGAGCAAGCAAGAACAGUCUGCCAAAGCUACUGCUGACCGAAAGUCUGCAUCCAAACCCAUUGGAUUUGAAGGGGAUCUUCGUGGCCAGUCUUCUGAUCUUCCAGAAAGACUCCAUGCCCAGGAAGUGGAUUUGGGAUCCUCCCAAGGAGACUGUUUGAUGCCUGGCAAUGAAUCCGAGGAGGCUCUCACAGCACUGAUGUCCAGGAAGACUGCCAUCUCUCUGUUUGAAGGGAAAGCCCUGGGCCUGGAUAAAGCCAUUCUUCACAGCAUAGACUGCUGUUCAUCUGAUGAUACCAAAAAGAAGAUGUACAGUUCCAUCCUGGUGGUGGGAGGUGGUCUGAUGUUUCAUAAAGCUCAAGAAUUUCUGCAGCACAGAAUUCUCAACAAAAUGCCACCUUCAUUCAGACGAAUUAUUGAGAAUGUGGAUGUGAUCACAAGGCCCAAGGACAUGGAUCCCCGGCUGAUUGCAUGGAAAGGAGGGGCUGUGUUGGCUUGUUUGGACACAACACAGGAACUAUGGAUUUAUCAGAGAGAAUGGCAGCGCUUUGGUGUCCGCAUGUUACGAGAGCGAGCUGCUUUUGUAUGGUGAAAACAGGCAGAAAGUGCCUAUUGAAGACCAAAAACAGGCCUCCUGGUAUAAAAGACUUAAAAAUAUGUAUAUUUUAAUUUAUUGACUCAGAUGCUUAAGUUUCAUGGAAAAUAAAUGAAUUUUAACUUUUAUGUUGACAGCAGGACAUCUGGUGUGAAAUUAUAAGCUGCUUUUGUAGUCAGGAUACUUAAUAAAUAUGAACUUACUCUUCAGUGGUAAAUUCUGCCCCUUUCUCAGGAUUGCAGGAGCUCCCUGAUGAUGAUGUGAAUUGUUGCUGUUGUCUCAUGUGCACACCUGGGCUUAAAUUGAUCUCAGUGUCAUCAGACAAUCUCAAGCAUCCACAAAGGGUGGGAGCGUGACUUGGGUACCUGACUCCUUAGAGCUGAGCUGUGUGGUCAUGCCAUUUCCCUCGUGUUACAGCAGGCACACAUGUUGGGACUCGUGUGGACUUAGAAUUCCAAAUAGGGGGAAAAAUGUUCUUUUCUUUUUCUGUUGGAUUAUAAAAAAGACUGACUGGUUGAGCUCUGGAUUUCCAGAGGCAAAGAUUUAAGGCUGGGCUGGUUGGCUUUUGUUACUCACAUGCUUCAGGGUAGGCUUAGGGAAAGAAAACAGUCCUUAUCUGGCCAAAACAGAACAAAAACUGAAAACUUGUUUCCUUCUUCAAGCCCAAUAGAAACAACUCAGGUGUAAUGUAGAGUUAACUUGUGUUGUACAGAUAAGUAAAGGUGACUGCUCUAAUCACUACUAAUUUAAUCAUCAAGCCCCCAGUUUUCCUUAAAGGAACUAAGAGAAAGGUUUCAGAACUCUUUAUGCUUGGUAUGAUCAUUUGACCUGAAUCUGUGAACCAUCUGAAGCAAAAUCUAAAUACAAACCGGUAUUAGCACCAGCGGUCCAGGCCUUGGGGAAGCCUUCCAAGCCCCUGGCCAGAGGAAAAGAAAGUAUUGUGUGGAGACAGAAGAGACCUGGGAGCCUGGGGAAUUGCCUGAUUCCUGCCACUCCCUGCUGGGAGUCUGCUUCCACCAUCUGCUUAUCCAGAACUGGAGAUGGGAGUGGGACUCAGAAUGAGGGAGGUGAGAGACAAAGGUAGAGAUAAGAGGUUAAGAGGUGGAGGGUAAAAGUACAAUAUAGAAAGAGUAGGAUGGUUAGAAAUCUCAGCGCCUGAAGAAAUAGUGGUCCUAGAACAUUUUGCAUAACAAGGAAUAUUCUAAAUACCUGCUCAGGUGAGGAACAAUGAUUUUUACCUUGUUUGGUAUUAUUGAAGAUAUGUGCCUUCAAUCUUAAUAAGAUUGUGUACUCUUUAUUUUUUAAAAAUUUUAACAAAAUAAAUUUAUACAAUAUUGAUUUUAUUUAUUUUUCUGCACUGUUUCACCCCAAUUUAUUAAUGUCUACCUAGUUCCAAAAGCAAAAUGUAUUUUAUGUAUAAUUGGUUUUUUACAUAGUAACCUAUUACCCUUAUAACUGGUAGAUACUGAUUCAGAGGAAGUUGGUUUCUGGUCCAAGUUUUGACAUAAGCUUUGUCCGUCUUUUGUUACUAGCACUUAAAAGCGCCUUGAAAACUGUUCAUGACAAGUGAGUUUAACCACAUUAAACAUAUUGCCUCACCAUUA